CGAGGUCUUGCGUCGCUUCUCCUGCUCAUCCAACGCUGAGAUCUGAUCUGGAAGCUGCUGAUCACCAGUUUCAGGUGUUUUCUGUCUGGUGCUGAAAGGAGACAUGAGACUAUGUGGAUCAGAACAAGACAGUUUACUACACACAGCAAACAGCAGAAGCAUCGUCUUAGCUGUGUCAGCCUCCCUUGCCCCCUAGGUCCCAAGAGGUGAAGUGAUAGGCCCAGAUAGAUAGAUGUCAGGUGCACAGUGGAUUCCAGCACAGCUGAAGAAUCAGAGCCAACAGCCCAGAACUUUUUGAGCAAGCAGCAGUUUAGCAAACAGCAAACAAGUAGUCCAAUAUUAGUUAUUAGUAUUAGUUAUUAGUAGGUCACAUUGACCUACUCACGUGCCUAUGUACCUCGCUACAGAAACUAUUCAGUAUCAGGAGGAGGAUACACACCACAAAUAUUGUAUCCUAAAAGCAGCCUUAUAAGAUGGGUAUUGAACUGGGCAUGGUGGUGUACACCUGUAAUCCCAGCCACUUGGGAGACUGAGACAGGAGGAUUGCUUGAGCCCAGGAGUUUGAGACCAGCCUGGGCAACAUAGUUAGAGCCCACCUCAUUAAAAAAAAAUUUUUUUUAAGAUGGGUACUAUCAUGAUCAUCCUCUUUAUUGAUGAGGAGAUUGAAGCAGAGAUAACCUGCACAUGGCAGAGUCAGGAUUUGAACUCAGACAGUAUUGGCUCCUAACCACAAUACCAGGUUUCCUUUGUUGGGGCUCAGAAAAUGAUACCCCGAAGCAUACUGAUACUUUGCACUAAAGCAGCAGCCUCAGAACCAAGGUCUGACCUUCUCUCUGACCUUCUCCCACCCCCCAUCUCUUGCCUUCCUCCUCUCCUGAAGCACAGGAAGAGACUUUUCUCUGAAGUUUCCUUAUCUACCUAAAGAUCCAAUCCACUGAAGAGGAAAACAAUUGUCUUCAAUCUUCUUACUGAAAUUUCAUUAACCAAGGAAAAUUAAACUCAUAUCACAGAGGAAAAAGACUGAAAAUCAAACACCAUACCUACAGCCCAGAUGAACUUUGUCCCAGACUAUUGUUUGUUCUAUGGACCCAUUCUUCUCUUGUAAAAAUCACUUAUUACUCUUCUAAAAUUGCCUACAUCCUGCAUUCCCCUCCCCCCUAUGAAUAACGGUAUAUAAACUUCUAGACCUUAUUGGGUCUAGCGCUACUAGAAUUGGGCAUUCGCCUUGCUGUGAUGCUCCCAUGAGCAUAAAUCAAUUAUGCUGUGCUUUUUCUCCUUGUUUUGGAUAGAUAGACCAAUUGGUCUAUUGUCUAUUUAUUUCUCAGACUCAAAUAUCAAACCUCAAGAGGUGAGAGAGGAGGUUCUUAUGCUCCUACACCUUUGAGGUAUGAUUGUCUCUCUACAAUGGUACAAUGGGCUUUGAACCACCAAAAAGAUUUGAAUUCUAAUCUAGGUUCAGUGUUUGUAUGAUCCAAGGAAGCUUAUAUAUUUUUUAAUCUUAACUUCUUCGCUAGACAGAAUACCAUAUCUCUCAGGUUUGACAAAAAAUAUAUAAAAAGCUUCCACAAGACAGCAUUCAAAUCUUGGAUUUUUCCUCCUUUAAACCUAUUCCGAUCAUACCUGUAGCUGAUUCUGGCCAUAAUCAGAAAAAAAUAAGAUGUUGGAAUUAUGAGAAUAAACAAAAUAAAAAGAAGAGCUCAUCAAUUUCAAAAGUAACUUCCUAAAUGCUAUCCCUCUUCAUUAACUGCAUUAAUAUUUGUAUUUCUAUAUAUUUGUUUAUUUGUACUCUACUUAACCACACUUUUGGGAGCGGCAGCGUUGUAUAAAGGAAAAAUCUUAGGCUUUGGAGCCCUUUUACCUUCCACAGGGCUUUCAACAAAAAUACAUAAUCUCUCUGAAGCUGUCUCCUCAUCUGUAAAAUGGGGAUGAUAAUAAUAUCUACCUUGAAGUACUGUGAGGAUUUAAAUUAGACAAAUUACAUAAUAAAAUAUCCUAGCAUAACAUGAAAGGCAUUCAAUAUGUAUUGGUCCCCUUCUUCUCAAAGAGGUUUUAAAAUUCCACAAGGGCAGACAUCAUACAUUCAUUUUACUCACCUCAGUAAAUAUUUCUAAAUCAUUUCAUAAAUUCCUUUUUAGAUGGUUGUAUACCACUGGAAUUUUUGGGUUCUAGGAUAAAUAAUGGUAGAACUCACCAAACUGUUCAUCCUAAUUAACAAUUAGGGGUCAUUUUCUUCAUAUGUGCUCAAAAUGUAUUCUAUCUCAUCUUCGAAAAAAUAUAAAGCCUGUUAUUUCCCCUAUAUUUGAAGCAAUUAUUCUGAUGAAUAUUCUGUGGAGCCAUAUGCCAACAUGGCAAUAUAUAUAUUUGCCUUUAAAAUAGUAAUGCCUUUUAACCUAGGAAUUAUAUUUUUAAGAAUUUAUGGUAAAGAAUCAAAAAUACACUUGAAGAUUCAUAUAAAAGUAUGUUCGGUGCAGACUGUUUAUAACCGGAGAAAAAAUGAAAAUAAUAGAAUAAUACAUUAUCACAGAUGCAAAAUACAAAGUAUAAUGAAGACAUUAAGCCACAUUUUAGAAGAGUAUAUUCAGUCAUAUGAGAAUUUGCUCAAUAUAAAGUGAAGAAAACAAGUUACAAAACUGUGUGUAGGCUGGGUGUCGUGGCUCACACCUGUAAUCCUAGCACUUUGGUAGGCUGAGGUGGGCGGAUUGCCUGAGCUCAGGAGUUCAAGAUCAGCCUGGGCAAAGUGGUAAGACCCCGUCCCUACUAAAAAAAAAAAAAAAAAAUUAGCAAAAGAUUAGCUGGACGUGAUGCUGCAUGCCUGUAAUCCCAGCUACUCAGGAGGCUGAGACACGAGAAUUGCUUGAAUCUGGGAAGCGGAGGUUGCAGUGAGCUGAGAUUGCACCACUUAACUCCAGCCUGGGUGAUGGAGUGAGAAUGUCUCCAAAACGACAACAAAAAAGAAAAAACAAACAACAACAACAAAAAACUGUAGAUAUCUUGUAAAAAAAAAAAGUGCAUAUGUUACAAUAAAAGUUAAUUGUUUUCUUUGAUUGGUGGGAUUACUAGUGAUUUUAGGUUUAUUGUUUAGAACUUUCUACAUUUUCCAAAAUUUUGUAUAAUAUUUAUAAUUAGACAAAUAUCAAUGACUUAUGCCCACUUAAUUUUAAUAAGGUAUUUAAGAUUAAAAUUUAAUAUGGGCCAGGAAUGGUGGUUCACGCCUGUAAUCCCAGCACUUUGGGAGGCCAAGGUGGGUACACACAGCUGGAGCCCAAGAGUUUGAGACCAGCCUGGACAACAUAGCGAGACCCUAUCUCUACAAAAAAAAUUUAAAAAUUAGCUGGGUGUGGUGGCAUAUGCCUGUGGUCCCAGCUACUCGGGAGGCUGAAGUGGGAGGAUCUCUUGAGCCCAAGAGGUCAAGGCUGCAGUAAGCCAAGAUCUCACCUCUACAGUCCAGCCUGGGUGACAGAAUGAGACCCUGUCUCAAAUAAAAAAAAAAAAAAAUUUAACAUGAAGAGAAAGACCAACCUUAAAUACAUUAUCUUUACAUAAUGUGUUUACUGUAGUAUUUCGUUUCACUUCACUGAGAAAACAGCUAAAGAGUCAGGCUUUUGAAAUACAUAUUGAGUCUUUGAAAGGUAGCUUCAUGAAGUAGAAAAAGCAGAGUUUUGAAACCCAGGUAUGUGGUCCUGAGCAAGCUAUGAGGCAGAAGAAUAGCGGCUGGAAGCAGGGAACCUAAGGCCCAUCCAUGCUGACUGGGUAUCAGAGGCUACUCCCAUUUCAACCCCUCCUUUUUCUGCGUGGCAGCUGAAAAAUGAAAGUACGUCUUAUUGGUCCCCUCCCGCAACCAAUCAGACUGGUUGUGGGCCAAUGGGCAACCUCUAGAGGGUAUUUAAACCCCAGAAAAUUCUGUAACCAAUGCUCUUGAGCCGCUUGCACCAGGCGGUGUCCACCCUGUAGAGUGUACUUUCAUUUAAAAUAAAUCUCUGCUUUCGCUGCCUUGCUUCGUUUGUGUGUUUUGUCCAAUUCUUUGUUGAAAACGCCAAGAACUCGGACAGCUACCCUCAACUGGUUACAGUUACCUGCUGGGCCUGCUUCCUCAUCUCUUAAACGGGGCUGUCACCCCGAAUCAGACAGUAAGGUAAGAUUUCCACAAUUGUUGAAAAAGCCUGACACAUAGUAGGAACUCAAAGUCUGUACAAAGACUUAAAGUUCAUAAAACAAUAGACAAACUAAGGGAGAAAUCCACUGAAGUUUAGGGUGAAUAAAUCUAAUAACUGUUUGGUAAAAACUACACUGACAAUCAUUGUCUGGUCAGUGUUCAACAUUUACGUGAAACACUGAGCUUUUACAAGGCCAACCCCCGUUUUACGUUAAAUUCUCGCAACCACGCUGAGGAUGGUUCCGUUUUUAAAGCCGCGUUCCUGCCGAGGAAACAAUGGCCCUCAGGGUUAAGACGCUGCCCAACACCGGCCGCGCCUGAUAGACGCAGGUUCCGAAUGCAGGCCCCCUCCAAAGUCUUACCCACUGCUCCACAAUGCCUCAACACCCAACAUUUCAUCCUCAACUCCAAAUCCAUCUCUUCAGGGCCGCAAAAAAGCGUUACUUCCCAAAGGGCGUGUUCUCCAAGAACUGCCUUUAGCAUUUCAGAUCAGAGUGAGCCGAACUCAAUAGGAUUACGACAAAAACUAGUGAGAUUCAGAUAACACCGUUACGUCGAAAGUUUUAAUCCGUGACAGAGGAAAUAUUGCUUACGCCCUUAGGUAAUUUCAAAUGCACGUAAGAAGGCCGUGCCGGUCUCUGCUGGCGAAGCAAAAGAAAGGUGGGGCCGGCGGGGUCGUGGAGCGCGGGUGGGGCAUGAUACCGUAUCCCAGACGCGACUUGACCUCGUUUGCAAGAAAUUCUGUAUCCGACUCCCUUCAGUGCGUUUCGCCGCCCCUAGUCUAGUCUGGCUAGCCCCCAAUUCCUUUAAAAGGGGUUGAAACGGGUGUUGCAGAAGAGAGAACACUCAGGUAGAAAGGGCCUGCGGCAGAGGCGCCCCCAAAUCAUGGAACCUGUUGGAACAGUGAGGAAGGAACUCUGGGACCCCGAACGUUCUCACGGGUGUAAAAAGACAAAGUAAAUUCCCAUUAGCCAAGUUGGGGAAAAGUCACAUCCGUUACACAGCCUCUCCCAGACCGCCCUCUAGGAAGGACAGCACAUUUACAAACACCGGCCUGCCUCCAGUCCUUUGCUGCCUCACAGCGAUCCUCAGAGCCGGUUUCCCAAGGUCCGCGCGCCGCCUGCAAGGCGCAAACCCAAGCCGCUGCUGGUUGCUAGGAGAUACUGGUCCAGCCAUCUCCUCCAAUCAGCACGCACCUCUUUGCGUCCAAUCACAGAGGCAGAAAGGGCCGUGGUGGGAGGUGAAAGGUCAUACUCCUGUUUGGCGGCCAUUUUUCUUGAAACUGCGGCUCGGGACCUGCGGUACCUGCUGUAGUCACGAGGGACGGGCGGCGGCCUGGUCGGCAGAGAGUAGCCUGCAACAUUCGGCCGUAGUUACGAUGAGUUUACCCCUCAAUCCCAAACCUUUCCUCAAUGGACUAACAGGAAAGCCAGUGAUGGUGAAACUUAAGUGGGGAAUGGAGUACAAGGGCUAUCUGGUAUCUGUAGAUGGCUACAUGAACAUGCAGCUUGCAAAUACAGAAGAAUACAUAGAUGGAGCUUUGUCUGGACAUCUGGGUGAAGUUUUAAUAAGGUGUAAUAAUGUCCUUUAUAUCAGAGGUGUGGAAGAAGAGGAAGAAGAUGGGGAAAUGAGAGAAUAGCAUCUUUUGUGGGGGAUUUUUUUUAUAUAUAUUUCUAGACAAUAAAGAUUUGUUUGUUUUUCAACUUGA